GACCGAGAACUGUCAAAGGAACAAAAUCCGCGAAGGGGCAAAAGUGAGCCGGAAAGUGGUUCGUGUGCGCGACGAAGACGGUGCUGCGGGAAAACGUCCUUCAAACAGCAAACGACAGAAAUAAUUACAUUUCGGAGCAGGAGUUUUCACCGCCCGUGAGCGUGAAUCGUGCCAAGUGUUGGAAGGGUUAAGUUUGCUGGAAUCUCAAGCAAAGUCGAAUUCGCCGGAAGAUUAUCGUUUGCCGGAAGGAGGGGACAACAGCUGAACGAAGCAAGUGAUGGGAGAGAUUCGCGAUUGGCGUCCGUUCGUGUACGGCGGGGUGGCCUCCAUCACGGCGGAAUUCGGAACCUUUCCCAUCGACACAACAAAGACGCGCCUGCAAAUUCAAGGUCAGAAAAUUGAUCAAUCUUUUGCGGAGCUCCGGUACCGCGGCAUGACGGACGCGUUCAUAAAAAUCUCCAAACAGGAAGGCAUCAACGCGCUCUACUCGGGCAUUUGGCCGGCGGUUCUGCGGCAGGCCACGUACGGCACGAUCAAGUUUGGAACGUACUACACGCUGAAGAAGGUCGCCACCGAGCGGGGCUGGCUGCUGGACAAGGCGGGGAACGAGAACCUGUGGUGUAACGCCGGGUGUGCGACGGUGGCCGGGGCCGUUUCGAGUGCCAUCGCGAAUCCGACCGACGUGCUGAAGGUGCGCAUGCAAGUUAGCGGGAAGGGCACGAACAACGCCGGGUUGGUGCGGUGCUUCAAGGAGAUUUACGUGCACGAGGGCGUGCGGGGAUUGUGGCGCGGGGUUGGACCGACGGCGCAACGGGCAGCGGUGAUAGCCGCGGUUGAACUGCCCGUGUACGAUUUUUGCAAGCUGCACUUGAUGGAGACGUUCGGCGAUCAGGUGGCGAAUCAUUUCAUAUCCAGCUUUAUUGCCAGCCUGGGAAGUGCAGUCGCGUCCACGCCGAUCGAUGUUAUCAGGACCCGUCUGAUGAACCAACGCCGCGUGCACCAGCUGCAGCUGCACAACCCGGGUGGUGGCGGUGGCGGAGUUGGCACGGCCACGGUCCCUCCAUCAUCGGUGACGCCACCAUCAGCAUCAUCACCCUCGUCCGUGGGGAGCGGUCACCACCACAAGUUCUACACCGGCUCGCUCGACUGUGCCAUCCAAACCGUCCGGAACGAGGGCUUCCGGGCGCUGUAUAAGGGCUUUGUGCCGACCUGGGUCCGGAUGGGUCCUUGGAACAUAAUCUUCUUCAUCACGUACGAGCAGCUAAAGCAGAUGUACUAGAGAGAGAGAGAGAGAUGGACGGAAUGAGUGAAAGUGUGCGCGCGAGUGAGAUGGGACGAAUGUCGUUGUUGUAAGUAGCAAAAUGAAUCUUUGGAAAGUGCGUCGAAAGAGGGUCGCCCAAUUUUACGUUAUAUAUGAUGGCAUUGAAACAAACAGGUCGCAUUUGGUUUUGCCUUUUUUUAAUCAGUUAAGAACCUAGAAUUUAAUUCUGAUCUUGGGGCUUAGAGUCGCUGUAUUUGUCGGUACCAAAGUUAUUUUUUUCUAUCUCUUUUUGCAAAUAAAAGAAGCGCAUUUCUUUAUCGAACUCAUUUCCAUUUUGUGCUCUGGAGGCAUUUAACAAAAAGUGCAUUAAAAACACGAUUCAAAAUCAUCACCCCCAAAAAAAACUAGAAGUAAAACUUCCGCUAGAAACCGGUAAGGAUCUCCUAUUCAAAAUGAAAAAAAAAUGUUUUCGCUGCGAAUUAUUGGUACGUUUAAUCUUUACUGAGUAAGACGAAAAUUAUUGUUAACCAAAACAUUAUGGCUAGAGAUAUUUAUGAAACACCACACAAAAAAAAACUAACAAUA